GUCACCCAUACCGCAGCCAAUCCCAAGCAUGCACUCUAUAUAGGAGGCGGGACUUUACGGCAGCCUGUUGGUUGUCACGGCAACGUUGUGUGUGUGAGUGGGGCGCAUGUCAAAUGAGGGCGAAGGUAAUUCAGGGUGGACUAGCGUUGCUUGAGCUGUUUAUAAGCAACAGACUUUAGUAAACUAGUUAGUUGGCUGUUGUAGGAUAAUAUUAUAGGUUGAUCUGCCGACACUAGAAAAUAAUGGUAAGAGAAAACUGUUUAGAAUGGUUCGUUCACGCUGAAUGAUCCGGAGCAAUAUGUCGGGUCAUAAUCUCCCACCGGUACGGCAUUUGCCACAGUGGACUCGAGUGAGGCGACUCGGGAAGUCCUGCUCUCCACGGCGUUUACCUGCGAACCAGCUGCCCCAGCUGCCCGUCGUCCCGCCGGCGAACAGAGGAACAGCGUGCGGGGCAGCAGAGGUGUCGUCCCGUCACGGAGACGUGGACCCCCGCGUGGCUUCAGUGCAGAAGAAUAUCCAGUUCCUCCAGCAGCAACACAGGGACACUCUGGAGAAGCUCCAUGCAGAGAUAGAGUAUCUCAGACGGGAGAAUAAAGAGUUGCAGUAUAAGCUGAUAAUGGAGCCUCCAAAGUCAAGUAGAAAAGGGAUGACAUACAGUCGGAGAGGCGUUAGACCACCCACUCAGGGUAGUGAAGCUCAUACGGGACUCUACCUGGAGGAGCCGCUGCAGGACACACGAACCCCACAGGACCAAGCACUAAGCAUUGGAGAGGGCAGCGACAUUCUGGGAUCUGCCAAGCAGGACCAUGCUCCAGACGUGAAGGGGGGCCUCAUCACCUCGUUACAGCCUCUACGAAUUCACAGCAACCCCUCCCAUCCACCGCGCGCACCCACUCUACAGGAGUGUGAGGUCAUCAUCCGGCAGCUGUACAAUGCUAACAGUUUACAGUCUCAGGAAAUUAUUCGUGUGAAGGCAUUGCUGAGAGAUAUUGUCUUGAGCAAGAAAAUAACCCCAGAAAACUACAUUCUGACCAAGACCUACCUUGUUGAUGGUACCCGCAAACCUUCAGAGGAAAAGAAAUUUCCAAAACUUGGUCUUCAAACAUAUCCGGAAAAAACGUCUGGACCCUCUCAGUCUGGGGUGGUCCUCCCAGCCCUCAAACAGAGCCUCAGCUCCACCAUUGCAGAGAGACAGAGGAGGACCCGUGCUGUGCAGAGAGACCGCUUCAAAAGGACGGUGCAGUGACGUGAUGGACACGUACCACAGCGUCAGCUGCAUCCAUCUCAGUACUGGGGCUUUUCAUGGUUGUACUACAAAGCCUUAUUCACAGUUAUGGAUAUCCAUUUGAAGUAUUGAUGCCCUAUAAAAUGUUUUUUAAGAUGUCUAUGGGUACAGAAAGGGGGACAGAUACUAUGAAAAGAUUUUUUAAAUGGUCUAUAGACUUAAAAGCUUUUCAUUUUCCACACAAAAAGAAGAUGAAAAAUGGUCUCAAAUCUACUUUUGUACUGGGAAGGGAAAAUGUUUUUAUUUAUUCGACCUGAUUUUAGCACAUUUCAACUAUUAAAGUUUGACAUCUGGCUGCUUAUUUUCACCAAACCGAGUCAGUUUUGAGUGAGUUUUAGUUAGUUCUCACUGCACAUUUGUUGUAAUUCUGCCAAAAUGAUGGUGGAAUUACUUUUAAAACAGCUAACUUUCAUCCGUGCAAACAACCAAAGUCAAGCCUUUAAAAGCACAUGCAAUUAAUGAAACAGGAGAGACUUAUGAGGCUUAUUUCUCACACACUUUUUGUAUUGGUUUGUAUUGAUACUGUAUGGAGCAGUGUCCUGUUUUAACUGGCCCGGUGCGUUACCGGUCAUGCACCUGCAGUACAACUUAGCACAACAAUACAAAACUCUAUUAAAUUGUAUUAACACAAAAUAGCGCUGUCCUGUUUUUUUCCUCCCAGACUCCAAGAAUAUGUUCAGCUUCGGCAACUGUGUGAACAUUUCUCAGUGAGGUGGUACAUAGCCGUGAGGAAGUUAACACAUUUAAAAACACCUGGCUUUAUUUCACAACAUGAAUCAAAAUGUAGCUUGUGUAGGUCAAGAACUGCAUGCAGCCGGGCGUGAAGACGAUUCCCUUAAUGUGCCUUUUACAAUUUAGGUGCUUUUAGUGCCAAAGUGUUUCAUUAAGUAUGAAACUAAGUCUUUAAAAGUUCCCUUUGACAUGAUCAUGCAACAAUCCCAACAGUCUAAAAUGUACUUUACUGUUAUGUUUAAAUAUAAUACAUGCAUGCACCCACUAGAUGGUGGUGUUUCUGAAGAAACUCUUCCGUGAGCAUCCAUUAAAUCAAGGAAUACAAAUGUUACACACGGGUAUGUAAUAACUUACCUUAGCCUUGUUUCCAAACUUUGCAGAAAUUAUUACAUUUUUUAUUUGAUUUUGUUAUAUUUAUAUUUAGAUAUUUUGCAUGGAAUUUGUGUAUUUAUGAUAGCUACAAAAAAAAUGCAAUUAUUUAUAUAACCUAUUGAAGAAUGGCUGUCAUGAUCGUGCAAUGAAAUCAGAAUAUAUGGCUAAAAUAAAGGUUAACCAGAACAUUUUGUUGUGAAAAUGCAGAGAGGUAAACAGUAUGCAUCCCUCAAUA